AUGAAUAUGAUUAUUCCUUAUGACACUCCUCCAUAUGUAGUCGAGUCAGUCAACAACGGUUUCCAUUUGCAUUCUUCAUCUUCUUCUCCCAGUUUAUUCAUCGAUAAUAUUGCUCAAUAUUUAUCUUCAGUCUCUUUACCUUUCCAAACAGUAAAGAUUAAAAAUGACAAAGCCACUAUAUCUGCAUUUUUAACUCAAAUUAUAAAGCGUUCCAAAUUAUCAAAAUCUUUGGUUCUGUAUUCUACUCUUUAUGCUUCCAAAAUAUUUAGUAAGCACCAAUGCAACUCUCCAGAAUUUGCCAAUUGUUCAAAGAGAAUUUUAUUGUUGUCGAUUAUCAUUGCUCAUAAAUUCAAUAAUGAUAAUACUUUCUCCAUAAAAACGUGGUCUCAAAUCUCAGGUUUGAAAUCUACUGAGUUGAUCAAUAUGGAACGUUGGUGUUUGCAAACUUUGGAUUAUAAUUUAAACAUUGACCCAAUCGCUUUAAAGAAGUUUAAUAUAUUCAUUCGUUCUUUAAAUGAGCGGACUGUCAUCAACUCAGCAUUAAAACGGCGGAGGGUCUCCACCUCCAAUAACGUAUCCAUUUCGCCCAACCCCAUCACGAACAAUCAUCAUCAAUCUGCUUGUCGUGUGGACUCUAAACGCUCUUCUUCCUCUGUUGAUGAAGACGGUUUAGAGAUUCAUACCAGUCACAAGAGAUUAAAAUUAGUUUCAAUCUUAAAUUAG